AUGGUGCUAUGCGUGGUUGUGCUGCUGCUGCUACAACAACAACCAUCAUCGUCAUCCUCAAACGUUGUGGUUGCCGUGUCAUUGGUUUUAGGAGCAAAUGCUCCUUCUUCUUCUUCGGAAACCAUCUUUCAUGAUCGUUUUGCUUUCAGAAAUUGUUCCUAUGAACAACGAAUACCACCCUCACCACAGCUCUCUAACAACCGUUCAUCAUCAUCAUUCAACAACAACACCAAUUUAUAUAAAUUUGAGCGAAUUCCAUUGAAUGAACAAGUAUUUUCUCAAUUCCGAGAGUUGCCUUUUGGUUUUGGAUGUGAGAGUGUUCAACUUCCUCAAACCAUCGUUGAAGAUGAUUUUGCCAUUUAUAUUUAUUCAAACGGCAUUAAAAACUCGGAAUUCUACUCACCGAUAUCCACCUCCAAAGAACGUUAUGAUUUAUGUGAGAAGUAUCAGUCGAUACAGGAGAGUUGUGUGGAUUUGAUGUGUUCUGACUCCUCAAGUACUCAACACUAUAUUUGGAACGAUACACUAGUGAACUAUUGCCAAUAUUGUCGUAAUGCCAAAGGAUUUGUUGAGUAUCAUCUCAUGUUGCAUGAUAGUGAAAUUGAAAAACCUCAUGGUGGAGUUUGUGCCAAUAUUUCAAAGUUUCCCUCUGCCUUUUAUUGUGGAAUUGCCAAUCGAGGAAUUCCAUUGAAUUAUCAGAGUGGAUACUUUAUCAAAUACUCGAGGAAUCCAUAUGUGUGUUAUUGUGCGAGUGAGGAUCGAUAUUCCUCUUCAUGUGAACACUUUUGGAAUGAUCAAGAUACAGCGUUUGCCAAAAUGACUUUGAUCUUGAUUCUUAUGAUUCCUGCUUUUUUGGUGUGUCUUAUUGCUGCGUGCAUUAUUCUUGAGGUAUUGGUUUUUACUUAUAACUAUGCAAGUAUUGCAUAUAUUUUACUGUUGGUGAAUUAUGUCAACUUUUUUAUUCCAUUGCUGAUUAAUACGCUCUUAUUCAUUCUACUGUCUCUAAGGUUAUAUUUUGCGUUUAAGAAGAAAACGGCCAUCUCGUUCUUUAAAUCUGAUUACUUUCGUGAAUUUGUUGUUCUUUGUUGCUUCGAUUGGUGCUCAUUCUUGACAUGUCUGCUUUCUAAUCUCUUUCGAGUGUAUGGAACUUCUUUUGCCCACUAUGUCCUGUGUAACUUAUCCGAGCUCAUCAGCAUUACCUGUUCGUGCAUGUGUUUUUGCGUCAUUUUGUACAUUGUUUUUGAUAAGGAACGAUUUUAUGACUGCUAUUCAUUCAUUGUGAAGCCACUGAAGAGAUAUUUCCAACAACGAAAAGCCAAUCAAAAAAAGAAAGAUCAAUUACUCUUGUUGGGUAAUGAACAAGAAGAAUUUGACGUCAUUGGGAAUUCCUCUUCUCAAUACAACAAUACCAUUGAGACGUCGUAUACCACUGUGGACACAUCACCUCAAAGCUUUUCCAUCAUGGAAUCAUCUAUUUCAUAUGACAACAUGUCCACUCCAAACUCACAAACCGUUUCCAAUGUGAAAUAUAGAUACCUCGUAGAAGAACCCAUUCUUCAAUACAUUCGUCAAGUAGGUAUUCGUGAACAGCCCAUUCUCCAAGAAUUGCGUUUGAAAACUGCAGAAAAGCUUGGAAUGUUGAGUUUAAUGGUUUCUUUUCCCGAACAAACUCAACUCUUGCAAAUCAUACUCAAACUCAUUGGAGCGAAACGAAUUUUAGAUAUUGGAACUUUUACCGGCUAUUCAGCAUUAAGCUUUGCAUUGGCUACUACUGACACACAAGCUCAAAUCAUUACUUGUGACGUCUCUGAUGAAUAUACUUCCUUGGGAAAGCCUUAUUGGGAACGCUCUGGAGUUGCGAAUAGAAUCCAAUUAAAAUUACAACCAGCUCUCAAAUCAUUACAAGAGUUGAAACAAGCAAUUUCUCAACAACAGGAAAUACCUUUCGAUUUUAUUUACAUUGAUGCCGAUAAGGAUAAUCAAUUGGAGUAUGUGGAAUUGGCCUAUGACUUGUUGAGAGUUAAUGGACUCUUAGUGAUCGAUAACACCAUUUGGAGCACAAAGGUAAUGGAUCCUAACGAUCAUUCUCCUGGAACAGAUGUCAUUCGAAAGAUGAAUGAACAACUUCACAAGGAUGAGAGAUGGGGUUUGGCCAUGCAAUGCAUUGGAGAUGGAGCCACUUUAUUGAGAAAGAAAUAA